ACUGAAUGGUGCCGGUGAGGUUUAGAGCAGGAUGAUUGUUGUGACAACUUGUUUGAGAGGGGCGUGGCUAUUUUGACGCGGCACUGGCCGCCACUGUCCCCGGUGUCCCGUCCGAUGAUCAUAGGAUACUUAGUUAUUGCUCCGAGCCUUCUUGGACAUGCUCUCAGGAAGCCUGGAGUUGACUUCCAAAUCCAGACAUUGGCAGAUGACCUCUUGCCAUACCUUCAAGCUGCUGAAUAUGAUAUCGUCAUCGGCCACGCAUUGGGCGCGCUCGUGGUAUUAUCGCUACUCAAAUACCUGCCAAAAACCAAGCCUACUUCAGUGGUCCUCAUCGAUCCAGCUCUGGAAGUAAUCGCAGAGCAGAUGGUGUAUUGGAAAGCCAAGGUUUCCAAUGAUAUCAGAACUAACUGCACCGUAAAAGAUUAUAUGGCAUUGAAUCCUCUAUGGACGAGAGGAUGUCAUUUGGAGAUGGAUGGGGAACGAAAUCGGCAGAGUAACCAACUCCGAUGAUCACAUUGUGAGUGGUGUUCUGAAAUCAGCAAUGCU